AUGAGCGAAUCUCUAUACAUUUCUCUUGACAAUAAUCAACAACUUACUAUGACAAACGACACUAAUCCUUCUGAAAAAUUUAUUCGUGGUGAUGUCGCCUGGGUUUUGACCGCGGCAUGCUUUACAUGGCUAAUGACACCAGGAAUUGGUUUAUUCUAUAGUGGCCUUGCUCGGAGAAAAAACGCUUUAUCUUUAAUUAUGCUAUGCUUCUUAGCUAUUCCUAUAGUAUCUAUUCAGUGGUACACAUGGGGUUACAGUUUGACUUUUAACAAAAAUGCUGGUCCAUUUAUUGGUAAUCUACAGAAUGUUUUCUUCUUAAACCUUGAUUGGGACUCCGGUCCAACAGAUGCAAGUCAAAAUAUUCCAGAACAUGCUUUUGCUGUCUUCGAAUGCAUGUUUGCAAUUCUUUCUGCUGCCAUCAUCGUUGGUGGUGCUGCUGAACGUAUAAGAAUAUUUCCUACAAUUAUAUUUAUCUUCUUUUGGUCUACACUCGUUUAUGAUGUCAUCGCUUCAUGGUGUUGGUCUAAAAAUGGUUGGAUUGCAAAAUUAGGUGGUCUUGAUUAUGCAGGUGGUAUACCAGUACAUGUAUCAUCUGGUGCAUCCGCCCUUGCUUUCUGUUUGAUCGUAGGUAGACGUCUCGAAGACAAUGGCAUGAAGCCUCGUAGAGUUAUUGAUGUAAUUCCCCAUAAUAUUAUUAAUGUUGUUAUUGGAACUAUAUUUUUAUGGUUUGGAUGGUUUGGUUUUAACGCUGGCACAGCUAUGGCUGCCAAUAAACGCGCGAUAAUGGCCUGUAUCGUUUCAAAUCUUUCUGCUUCAUUAGGUGGACUUACCUGGAUGUUUUUAGAUUAUUGGCGUAAUGGAAACCUAUAUGCCGUUAGCUUUUGUAGUGGUGCCAUUGCAGGUCUGGUCACUAUAACUUCAGGUUCUGGUUAUGUUUCUCCUUUUUCAGCUGUAAUUUUUGGUGUAAUUGGUGGUGCCGUUUGCAACUUUGCUGCAAGAUUGAAAUUUAUACUUAAUUUCGACGAUUCUAUGGAUGUCUUUGCUAUUCAUUGUGUUGGUGGUUUAAUUGGAAGUAUUUUAACAGGCGCCUUUGCUGAUAAAUACAUUGCGCACUAUAGUGGUGAGUUUUCGUGGGAGUUAAACGAAGCGGGUGAAUUGGACGGUACUGACAUAACUGAACAUGGCGAAGCCGCUUAUUGUUUUGCUGAUGCUCCUGAAGAAAAUGUUAUUAGAAUUAAUGAUAAUUGA